AUGCAUUGUCCCAUUAAGAAGAUGAAAACUAGUGCGGGUGGAAAUGCAGAAGAUGUUGAUAGUGGCGCCGCUGGUUCGAUGAUUGCUCCAACAGAAACUAAAUCUGUUGCAUCGAAUUCGUUGUCCGCGUCCACUGGAAGCUGUUACGAGGUAGACAAUGAAGAGCUCCGCGAAGGCGAGAACAUCAGACCGGAGCUUUUGGCAGCCAUCAGAAACAGUAAAAUCUUGAUCCCCAUUCUCUCCAUGAAUUAUGGUACAAGCAGUUGGUGCCUGGAUGAACUAGUUCAAAUGAUGGAGUGCAAGGAUAAAAACGGGCAGAUAGUGUUGCCUAUAUUUUAUAACGUGAAACCAGCUGACGUGGGACAUCAAAUCGGGAGUUUUGGAGACGCAUUUCAAAAGCGUGAGAGGCGUUUGCAUAAGAGACGUUUGGACCCAACGAUUUUGGAGAAAUGGAAGAAAGCACUCCUUGAAGUCAGCACCUUGAAAGGCUACGAAGCCGAUGGGUAUGAAGCAGAGUUGGUGAAAUCGAUUGUUCAAAAAGUAUUGAGUGAAUUGAAGAAAAAGUUUGAGCUAAAUAUUUCUGAACAUUUGGUUGGAAUUGAUGGUCAUGUGAAGGAGGUUAUGGAAUUUAUGAAUAAUAAAUCUCAUGCCACCCUAUUUGUUGGCAUUCAUGGAAUGGGAGGCAUUGGUAAGACUACUCUUGCUAAAGCCAUCUACAACAAGCUCUCCAGUCAAUUUGAGCGUCGUAGCUUCAUUGCCGAUAUAAGGGAAUCAUGGAAGCGUGGUGUACAUUACUUACAAAAUCAGUUAAUCUCUGAUCUAUCGAAACAAGAAAAUGCAGUUCAUGAUAAGGAUGGAGGGAUUAAUUUCAUCUCCUCCAAGUUUAAAGAUAAAAAGGUCCUUCUUCUUCUUGAUGAUGUGGAUGAUGUCGAUCAAGUGAGAUGUUUGGCUGGUAACCAUGAUUGGUUUUCUUUGGGAAGUAGGAUCAUUAUCACCACUAGAAACAAGGGGGUUCUUGAAGAAGCUAGGGUGGACCGCAAUUAUGAACGUAAGGCAAUGGAUGACAAUCAAUCUUUGAUUCUGUUUAGCAAACAUGCAUUUCGAAAGGACUCUCCUCUAAAGGAAUUUGAGGACCUCACUCGUGAAGUCGUAUCCAUCACCAAAGGGCUUCCCUUAUCCCUUGAGGUUUUAGGUUCAUUAUUGUGGAAAAAGCCAGCAUUCUGGAGAGGUACAAUAGACAAGUUAAGAAAAGUGCCUCCUAAGGAAGUGCGAGAGAAGUUAAGGAUAAGUAUUGAAGCAUUAGACUAUAACCAAAAACAAAUCUUCUUGGAUAUUGCUUGUUUUUUCAUCGGCACUAGCAAGAAUAUCGUAUCCUACAUGUGGGACGCUUGUGGCUUUUUCCCAGAGGAGGGAAUUGAAGUAUUGAUAUUCAUGUCAUUGAUAAAAGUUGGAGAUGAUCAUGUGCUCAAAAUGCAUGACCAAUUGAGAGAUCUUGGUAGAGAAAUAGUUCGCGAGGAAAACCAACGGGAGCCUCAAAACCGCAGCAGGUUAUGGGACUAUGAGGAAGUCCAGAGAGUGCUAAAUCAUAAUAAGGGAACGGGCAAGAUUGAGGGGAUUAAUCUUAGUAAAGGCACUGGCAGAAUUUACGCAGAAAAACAAUUCAAGAAUUUGACGAGUCUAAGAUUCCUUCAAUUAAAUGGGGCACAUUUAAGUGGAGAUUUUAAGGACUUAAUUGGGGAGUUAAAAUGGCUUCAAUGGCGACUUUGUCCAGCGAAUUUCGAAGUAAACAAUUUUUGCGUAAAGGAAUUAGCUGUACUCGAAUUGCAAUAUGGUAAUAUAAAUGAGAAAUGGGGAGGAUGGAGUUUUUUCAAGAUGGCAAAGAAGCUUAAAUAUCUAGACCUUUCGUAUUGUCGAUCCUUGGAAAAUACUGACUUCCUCUCAGCUUUUGAGAAGUUAGAGGUUCUCAUCCUCAGGAGGUGUACAAGACUGAAGCGAAUCGACGCUUCCAUCGAAGACAUGGAGGGCCUCCUUCGCUUGGAGCUGUGCUCGUCCUACGCGCUUCAUCUCGCGGUAGGCGCCGACGCAGGCGCCGAACGCCCUGUUCCUCGUUUCUGCCUUGGGGAGCUUCCAGCGGAAAUAGGUAAAUUAAAAUCACUGCGACAACUCCAUCUACAACAUACUUCAUCCCUUUCUGCAUUACCAAAUAGCAUAGGGUCUUUGGAGAAUCUAGAGAUUCUAGAUAUUUCUGAAAGUGGUAUAGAAGAAUUACCCAAUGGUAUUGGGAGUCUGAGAAAGCUCCGAGAGUUACGUGCUUACUAGUGCAUGAAUCUGAAAUGGAUACUAGUAGAAAGCAUGGCUAAUCUUUCUUCCCUACGAGACCUUGAUUUUAGAUACUGCGACAAGCUCCAAUCGCUGCCGGAGCUUCCUUCCGGCUUAACAGAUUUGGGUGUCACUUGUCAAAGUCGCAAAUUGCCUUCGCUUUCCCACCUAGCCCAUCUCAAGGAACUAGUAGUUCAAGGUUGCGAUAAUCUCCAGUGCAUCCAGGAGCUUCCAUCAAUGCAAUUAAAGAGUUCAAAAUGCUCCCAACUGAUGGACAUUGAAGAAUCGGAAUCACCACAAUCCCUAAACACGCCCUUCAAGUUGGAAGUCUUGGACGUCUCUCUCUGUGGAUCUCUCAAAAUACUGGACGUUUCACAGUUUGUCCAUCUAAGGACAUUAAAUGUCUGGCAUAGUCCGAAGCUACUUGAAGUUCGAGGUCUUGACAAAUUGAUGUAUUUGGAAAGCUUGACUAUCAAGAUCCCGAAUUCAAUCAAACGGUUGGACCUUCCAAAAUUCGGGUGUCGAAGAAAUUGAAU